UUCAAUUCUCGCUAUGACCUCAGCUCUCAGUUCAAUCAGGAACCAUAACUGAGCUCAUUCGAAGAAUUUUUGUUUUUUGGCAAAAUCUUCCCAAAAUUUUGCGUCUUCGUAAGGCAGGUUUUGGAUGGUUCUCACUUGUUGAAAGGGGUUUUGUCUGUGGUUACUAAGAGAUGAGACACACAAAAAGUGAGAGGGAAGAUGGAAUUCUCUAUAAGGAUAAGACGGAAUCGUUGUUGAUUGACGAUGGCAACUUUGGAGGAGGAGGCUCAGGUGGCGGAGUUGUUCUGAAGAAAGGACCAUGGACGACUGCUGAAGAUGCAAUUUUGAUUGAGUAUGUGAAAAAGCAUGGGGAAGGCAACUGGAAUGCUGUUCAGAAGCACUCUGGACUAUUUCGUUGUGGAAAAAGUUGCCGCUUACGUUGGGCAAAUCACUUGAGGCCAAACCUGAAGAAAGGGGCAUUUACUCAAGAAGAAGAGCAGCUGAUCAUUGAACUCCAUGCAAAGAUGGGAAAUAAAUGGGCUCGGAUGGCUGUACAUUUGCCGGGUCGUACAGAUAAUGAGAUAAAAAAUUAUUGGAAUACCCGGAUUAAGAGACGUCAGCGUGCUGGGUUACCUCUCUACCCUCCUGAAGUGUGCUUGCAAGCAUUGCAGGGGAGUCACAGUACCAGUGCAUUUAAUGGAGGGGAUAAAGGACCUCAUGAUAUCUUGCAGAACAACAGCUAUGAGAUACCUGAUGUCAUAUUUGACAGUUUAAAGGCAAGUCAAAAUGUCCUGCCUUAUGUUCCUGAACUUCCUGAUAUAUCUGCAAGCAGCAUGUUGAUGAAAGGUCUAGGUUCUCAAUAUUGUAGUUUCUUGCCACCAACAAUCCAUCGCCAGAAGCGUCUUCGAGAAGCUACAACCUUUUCCUCUGGUUACACUGCUGCCGUUAAAUAUGAAUACCCCUUGUUUGAGCAGUUUCAGGAUGAUAUCUUGGACAAGGCUGCUCGAUCCUUUGGGCUGCCUUUUCCACUUGAACCAGAUCCAGCAACAAAAAACUCCUUUCAAUUUGGUGUAUUCCCGGGUAGCCAUACCCUUUCAAAUGGCAAUUUCUCUGCUUCAGAGCCUGCUUUCGAGGCUGUGAAGUUGGAGCUCCCUUCACUCCAAUAUCCAGAAACUGAAUUAGGUAACUGGGGCACAUUUUCUAGCCCGCCACCAUUACUUGAGUCUGUUGAUGCUUUUAUCCAGUCACCACCACCAUCCAGCGGAGCAGAGCCAGAUAGCCUUUCACCCUGUAAUAGUGGCCUGCUAGAUGCUUUACUUCUUGAGUCAAAAACUCUAAACAGUGCAAAGAACCAUGCAUUUGACAAGAGUUCAAACUCGGCAACUCCCGGUGAUAUUGUUGAAAGUUCCACUUUCAACAUUUGUGAGACAGAAUGGGAAAACUGUGGUGAACCUCUGUCUCCAAUGGGUCAUUCAGCAACUUCUCUUUUAAAUGAGUGUAUCAGUGCAAGCUGCAGUUCGCUGGAUGGACAGCCACCUGCUGAAACCUUUACUGAGUCGCAUGUGAAAUCAGAACCAGCUGACCAUGUUUUGACCCCAGAGAUAAAAAACAAGUCUCCUAUUCGGUUGGAAAGUUGUUGCCCUGACACAUUACUUGUUUCUAGUGGGCUUGAGCAGGAUUGUGCUUACGAUAAGGACCAAACAAUCAUGACUGAUUCCAUAGCAACCCUUCUUGGUGAUGAUUUGAGUAGUGAGUACAAGAAUAUGGCUGCUGGAACAUAUAUCUCAAGUCAAGCAUGGGGCCUUGAUUCUUGUACAUGGAAUAAUAUGCCUGCGGUCUGUCAGAUGUCGGAACUUCCAUGAGAUCUGAUAUCUCAAUUGUAUGAACUUUGAAGCUUCUGCUCUGUUUCAUUCAUUGCAUGAUUUUUUUUUUGUGUGUAGUCAAGUCACAAGUGGACCUGAUCCAACGAAGUUCAUUUGGGGCGAGACUAAUAUGGCAUGAGCCAUGAAUGUCCGGUUUGUUGUGUUUGAUGUUUCUUUUCCUGUUGAACUGUUGAAUGCGUAUGCCGACACGGAACUCUUAGGUAUACAAAUGCAUUCAAGGCGUUGUUAGAAUUUUAGAAUAAUUGUGCAA